CUUUUUUUGGCCAAUAAGCACCAACUUCGCGAAGAGGUGACGAGAAGAUGUGUAUAAAGUCUCUGCAUUUUCUCGAUUCCCUCACUCGCGCUUUUAUCUCGCUGGAGUCUAACUUUGAUCAGAUCUUUGGUUAAAAAGUGAACCAGAGUUUUAGGAUGAAGUUUGCGAUAUUAGCUACAGCUGUGGCAUUGGCAAGUGCUGCCAGUCCGUCUGUUGAAGAUUUGGAGUGGCUUGCCUGGCAAAAGAAGUUUGGUAAAUCAUACUUUUCUCCUGACGAGGUAGCCUAUCGUAAGGAGAUUUGGCUGGCUAACCGGAAGAUGGUUAUAAAGCACAAUAUGCUGGCAGACCAGGGGUUAUAUGCCUAUAGACUGGGGAUGAACAGCUUUGCUGACCUGAAAAAUGAAGAAUAUAAAAAAAUGGCACUCGGCAACUGCUUGAGAAAUGUCACUGCUGCAAAGUUUACACCAUUCACUUCUCUGUCCUUCAAGAACACUAGUCUUCCAGCUACAGUGGACUGGAGGGAUAAAGGUUAUGUAACUCCUGUGAAAGACCAACAGGAAUGUGGCUCCUGCUGGGCAUUCAGUGCAACAGGGUCUUUGGAAGGACAGCACUUUCGAAAGACUGGUAACUUAGUUUCUCUGAGUGAGCAGCAGCUUGUUGACUGCUCUGGCGAUUAUGGAAAUGAUGGCUGUAAUGGAGGAUUCAUGGAUUAUGCAUUUGAAUAUAUAAUGGCUAAUGGAGGAGUUGACACUGAAGAAUCGUAUCCAUACACAGCAGAGGAUGGACCCUGCCAAUUCAAUCCAGAAGCUGUUGGUGCUACUUGUAAUGGAUAUGUUGACCUUCCUAAAGGAAGUGAAAAUUAUUUACAGGUGACAGUGGCAAAGAAUGGGCCAAUCUCUGUUGGCAUUGAUGCAAGUCAACCAUCAUUCCAGCUAUACUCCUCAGGAGUCUAUGAUGAACCAUUGUGCAGCAGCUUCUUGCUUGAUCAUGGUGUCUUGGUUGUUGGAUAUGGAACAUUACAUGGAAAUGACUACUGGCUGGUUAAGAACAGCUGGGGUACAGACUGGGGUGAUGAAGGAUAUAUUUACAUGUCAAGGAACAAGGAUAAUCAAUGUGGAAUUGCAUCACUUGCCAGCUUCCCUUUGGUAUGAUGAAACUCUCCAUUCCAAAACAAGUACCUCUGGUGGGCACCGAAGAAUAUUAAUAUAUAACAUUAGAUCACAUAUUGUAAUUUUGAACUCCAAUCACUUUUGAUAAAUAGUAUAAUACAUUACUGAAUAGAUUUCUUGUUGCCAGUUUAGUUUUUGACUGGUGAUGAUACUGACUUAUUUAACCAUUAUGAUUUGUAACCACUAGUCCUGGCGUAUGGAACUAUCACAUUUUGCAAACUAAUUUUAUUGAACAAGUUUUGAAUGUAUAUGUGUUUUCUGUGUUGCAAUGUGUGUGCAAGAUGCCAUGUACAUUUUCUAGCUCUGUAUGUCAUUGUGCUGUAUGCAGUGCAUUAAACUGUCCAAGAUCUUCUGAAAAGUUUUGUCUGUCCUGCCAUUAGACCAUAUGGCAAUAAACAUUUGGUGCUUCUUGUU